AUGCAGACCCCGGGUGCCACUGCAGCACGGUAUUCAUACCUCUUUCCAAUCGGAUAUAGCAACUCAUCCGAGUGCGGGUAUUGUCGCCAGACUCGCAGUGGUCAGUCGACUAAACGUUAUUCGUAUUAUGCCAUUGCAACGUCCCUGACGCCGGCUUUCUACCAGAAGCUGGUCGACCGAUGCUGGAGACGUUCAGGGUCUCUCCUAUACCGGCCGAACCAGAAGCACUCCUGCUGUCCACACUACACUCUCCGUCUCGACUCGACCCAGUUCCAUCCGGCCAAGGAUCAGCGUCAAGCCGUCAACCGGUUCAACCGCCACAUCGUUGGGGAUACGUAUGUCAGGGAUGCGGCCCGACUGCACCCACGCUCCCGCGCCGAGGUCAGGAGGCGGCACAAUGUCUUCGACCUGAUCGAGAGAAUCCAUGAGCCCGAGGCCGAGAUGCUCAAGUCCCCGCCGUCUCCGGACCAUGUCUUCAGCGUCACGCUAGAGCCGGAUACGUUUACCGAGGAGAAGUACGAGGUCUUUGAGAACUACCAACGCAAGGUCCACGGCGAGUCCCCCGAUAGGAUCUCGCGGCAGGGGUUCAAGCGGUUCUUGUGCGGCUCCCCCCUGACCCGUGAGACGAUGACCGGUCCGGACGGCACCGAGCGCCAGCUGGGCUCGUUCCACCAGUGCUACCGCAUCGACGGGAAACUGGUCGCCGUGGGUGUCCUGGACCUUUUGCCGGACUGCGUUAGUGCUGUGUACUUUCUGUACCAUGAAUCGAUCCACUCGCUCAACCCGGGGAAGCUUGGCGCCCUGAGGGAGAUCGCCCUGGCCCGCGAGGCGGGCUAUCGCUGGUGGUACCCCGGGUAUUACGUGCACAACUGCGCCAAGAUGCGGUACAAGAUCGAGUACAAACCCCAAUAUGUGCUGGAUCCGGAGGAUCUCAGGUGGUACUUGCUUGACAAGGAGGCUCUGGCGCUAUUUGACAAGGAGCACUACGUUUGCUUUUCGCGGCGACAAGAAGACCGGGGAGGAGCCACAGGCAGGCAGGUGGUCAUGAACAGCACCGACGCCGAGUCCAGCGGCCCUCGGCCCGCUCCAUUGCCUUUGCCUGCGGGAGCUCAGACUGCCUCUCCAGACCCCAUCAAGAAUCAGGAAAUGAGUGAAGCAUCUGCAGCCGAAGAGGACGACGAGGACGACGACGAAGAGGACUAUGGCGAAGCCGAAGAAGACGCCUUCCUCCUCGCAAGCAACAUGCCCGGCAUCCCGUCCCUCCAAGAGAUGCAACAGGUCGACAUGAACCGCCUUCUCCUGCGCUCCGACUUCUCCAACAACCUCAUUGUUGCCUCCCACCUCGUCAUAUGGGACACGGAGGACAUCGCCAAUUUUGGCACGCUCAAGUCGCGCAUCGCCGAGCUCGUCGCGGCGGUGGGACCGGAUCUGAUUGGGGAGUUUGUUAUUGACUUCCGCAAGAGGUCGUCAUAG